AUGACUAUGACCAUGAGGUCCACUAGUCUCUUCUUCUUCUUCCUUUCCCUCCUCUCUCUCUCCUCUGCCUCGAACCAUGACCAUUCAACCUCCAACACCAAUGUUGCACCUACACCUCCCUCUUCUAUCCAACAGCUCUGUAAAGCAGCUACUCAGUUCCCUGACCUAUGCGUGAGCUCGUUAUCCAAUUCCAAACAACUCCCUCCAAACCUAACUCCUCUCCAGCUCAUCUACUCAUCACUUUCUGUCACCUCUGAAACUACCCGUACAGUCCAAUCAAAGGUGAACGACAUUAUAAACUCCGCCGUAGGAGACCAAAACCGCAUAAGAGCCUCGAACAACUGUCUUGAAGUUCUCAAAAGUUCACUAUACCGGAUCUCUAUUACCACCAAUGAUGCUCUCCCACGCUGCAACCUCAAAAGCUCUAGAACUUGGAUAAGCGCUUCUCUUCUUCACCAUACCGACUGCGUGUUAGCUCUCACGAAAGUAAAUGACACAAAGUUGGUGACCGAGACACUUUCGCUGGUGGGCUUGUUAAUAAACAUUACUAGCAACGCGCUGAGCCUGUUGUUUUCUUACGAUCAUUUCGGAAACAACACUGCUUCGUGGAUUCCGCCGAGGACCGAGCGUGAUGGGUUUUGGGGGCCAGUGAAGAUGUCUGGAAUUGCGGGGUUUAAAGGCGGGGUUCCAACAAACUUGGAGGUGGACAUGACGGUGAGUAAGGAUGGAAGGAAUCGGUCUUAUAAGAUGGUGCAGGAUGCGGUGAACGCAGCGCCCAACAACACCGUUGAUGGAAAGAGGUUUGUGAUAAGAAUUAAGGCAGGGGUUUAUGUGGAGAUGGUAAGAGUUCCGUUGGAGAAGAAGAAUGUCGUGUUUUUAGGAGAUGGGAUAGGUAAAACGGUCAUUACAGGCUCUUUGUAUGUGGGCCUACCUCAGCAAAGUCCGAGGAGAGUAGUUCUUGAGCAUAUUCUUCUUAGACUUGAUUACAAUUUCAGUUCUUUGUGUUAA